GCGUUUUCCCUAUCGAAUACAACGGCUCUGAAACAUCUUUGCUCUUUUCAUUUCGUAUCUGAACCCGGACGUUCAGCAACCGGUGAACCGACUAUCGAGCGCGCGUACGGUGAAACAUAUUCACAAACGUUCCGAAUAUUCUUGAUAAUUUUAUUGUACGAUCAACGGUUCGCGCCCGUGGAGCUGCUUUAUGGACCCAUCUUUUCUAUUGGGUCGGAAGGGGGAAAUCUUCGCUACCAGUUGAAAGUUUAAUUAUUAUUAUUGUUCGGCCGGCGAUAGUGUGUUUACUUGCUGAUAUAUCGGUGCUUGGACCGGAAUCAUCAAACGGAGCCCCCCGGGAUCCUCGUUUUUCAAUACUUUAUGCUGGUCGUACGCCGUGGACCGCGCGUUUGAGGUGUGAAAAUUUUUGUGAAAGUGCGAGACAAUUAGGUGUUGAUCACUGCUAGCCGUGAAAAAUGUGGUCUUCUUAGUGCUCGGUCUUAUGAUUCGUCGUACUACCACCGGCUAGAUCUGACCAAAUGGUUUGUUUGGGUGCUUCUUAGCUAGUUCCUAGCGCCGGAGCGAAUAUUGUUGGCAUCCGACGCUGCCAAAAAUAAUCGUUUUGAUAACAAAUAUAAAGCACCCCCUGCGGGUGUGAAGUGUCACCGGAGUAUGUGUUGAGAAGUGUUACAAGUGUGCGAAAUUUGUGACACGGCUGUCGAUUGAUUUAUUUAUUCCGGUAACGAAAGAAACCAAAAGGAAACCUUGCUGCUCCUCAGCCGUUAUGCAUCAUUUGGACUUUGGCAGCGUUAGACAUUCCGACGGUACCAGUGGCAUUCAUGGCAGUACCAAUAUGGGCAUCACCUCGCCGUACGACGCACUACACGCCGUGACCACUAGUUCUGCUGCCGAAAUGGCCGUUGAUUUUCAUCAUCACUACACCCCGACGGAGUACUGGAACGCAUCGCCGUACAAAAAUGGAUCCACCCCCAUGAAGGAGAUAGAAGCAUGUCUGCAAAACGCAAAUAAAGGCCAGUACAACCCUCUGGAACAGGUCGAACAACUCAGCAUUAAUUGUGAUAGUGAUAACCUUCAUAGCAAUGAUAGUGUUUUUAAGAACAGUAAAAGUAGUAAUAACAACAACAACACCUUAAGUAGUAAUAAAAAUCUCAUCGAAACCGAGAAUAGCCCAUCAAGUAAAACCUGCUCCAGUGUCCCCAAUGGAACCGCCAGUCCUGGGGAUAUUUCGAAUGCACCAGGCAGUAAACCAGUGUCUAAUGUGGGCAAAAAAUCUAAUAACCCCGGCGACGAUAAAUCUUAUCAUCAAUCUCUUGCAACCGUCAUGGUAAUGCUCGAGGGCAAACAUUUGUGGGACAAAUUCCACGAGCAGGGAACCGAAAUGAUUGUUACCAAGGCUGGUCGACGAAUGUUCCCUACCUUCCAGGUGAAGGUUGUUGGUCUGGACCUGACGGCGGAAUAUCUCAUGAUAAUGGAUUUUGUUCCACUGGAUGAUAAACGGUAUCGAUACGCUUUUCACACUUCCAGCUGGGUUGUAGCGGGCAAAGCAGAUCCCGUGUCUCCACCACGGAUAAGUGUCCACCCUGACUCACCUGCAACCGGAGCGACUUGGAUGAAGCAGACCAUUUCCUUCGACAAGCUAAAGUUGACCAACAAUCAGCUAGACGAUAACGGACACAUCAUUCUCAAUUCGAUGCAUCGGUACCAGCCGCGCCUCCAUGUCUGCCACUUUACACGUUCUAUCAGUCACGGAUCCAUUAAAGAUGAGAAGGACAUGCUGAGUCAUCGGACGUUCAUCUUUCCGGAGACGUCAUUCACGGCGGUGACGGCCUACCAAAAUCAAAGGGUCACACAAUUGAAAAUCGUGAGCAAUCCAUUCGCGAAAGGCUUCCGCGACAACGAGACCAACGAAGACUCUCAGGAGAGGAUUCCUUCAAUGAAUGAUCGAAUGAAAGGUGACCGGGUCACAAAUUAUAAAAAAGAAAGUGAAAUAGCAAAUUCUGCUCCGAUGACAUCAACGUCAGUAGCAGCGAUGACAGGCUCGUCGAUUUCCCCCAAUUCCACCGGUAGUAACGGAGGCACUACUAUGGUGAAUAGCUCCAGCAGUCUCAGUGGUUCCAGCAUGUUCCAGUCGUCUUUGGUGAACCCCUCAACGGGUCUAUCGCCGUACAGCAUCAGUCCGCACAGUAAUUCAGCCAUGUUGGGACAACCGUACGGAACUGAACCGAGUGGAUUUGGUCCUAUCUAUCAUCAUCACCAUCACCAUCAUCACGGCCACAGCUCACUCUCGACACAUCACGGAUCGUACAUGAGCUCAUUCGAUAAGUAUGAUAAAUACAAAAUGGCAUCGACAACUCCACCGCACCAUGCGAAUCACUCGGUGGCAACCACCGCGGCGUACGGUGGUCAUUAUCAGGGAUUCUAUGGUACACCAAAUCCUAGUCAUCAUCAACUGAUGAGACAGAACAAUAGCUGUAUAGAUUAUGUUCAAAGAUGAGAACUUUCAUUCUGAAAGAUCGCUGUAAAUAGGUUUAAUAUUUUUGAUAGUAUUUUACGUAAAUGCUAUGUGCUGGUUCUUGUUGAACUAUUAAAACACCAAACAAAACCAUUGAAUCCAAAGAAGCAA